UCAGUGAACGGAGGGUAACAUCUGAGGGUGCUACUUCCUUAUCUUUUACUGGGUACCAUCUUCAACCAACCUCAACCCACUAUUGCAUUAGUUCAGUGUUGUUGUCUCCCUCUGAUCCUACUCAUAUGGCCGCCACGCUCACUCUUCUUAAGCUUCCAAUUCUUUCCGACAAGCCACUGCCACGUUCAUCAACCUCUAAAUUUGUUCCACUUCCUUCCAUCUCUUCCAAAUUAAACAUCUCCAAAGAUUCUACUAUCCUCUUCUUGGAUCAAAAUAUCAAUGCUCUCAAACCUUGUUUUCUAUCCCUCACAGCAAUUACAUUUCCAUUCUUAUCAGAAACCAAGGAUGCACUUGCUGUUGGUGGAGAGUUUGGGAUAUUGGAAGGAAGAUCAUUUGCUCUCAUACACCCCAUUGUGAUGGGUGCUUUUUUCUUGUAUACUUUGUGGGCAGGGUAUUUGGGGUGGCAAUGGAGACGAGUUAGGACUAUCCAGAAUGAGAUAAAUGAACUCAAGAAACAAGUCAAUCCUACUGCAGUCACCCCAGAUGGGAAACCGGUGGAAGCACCACCAUCACCAGUUGAACUUCAAAUACAGCAACUUACUGAGGAAAGGAAAGAGCUGAUCAAAGGUUCGUAUAAGGAUAGACACUUCAAUGCAGGGUCCAUUCUUUUAGGAUUUGGGGUGCUUGAGUCAGUUGGUGGAGGAGUGAACACAUGGUUUAGGACCGGAAAGUUAUUUCCUGGUCCACAUUUAUUUGCAGGAGCAGCUAUCACCGUGUUGUGGGCACUUGCAGCAUCCUUAGUACCAUCAAUGCAAAAAGGAAGUGAAACAGCCAGAAAUCUUCACAUCGCGCUGAAUGCAUUAAACGUUCUGCUUUUUGUGUGGCAGAUUCCCACUGGAAUUGAAAUUGUAUUCAAGGUGUUCGAGUUCACAAGCUGGCCGUGAAUGUAAAAUUCUCGUGUGUAAGUUUUCUGGCAUUUUACUUUCAAUUCAGCUUUCUGGCAACAUCGAAUAAUGCAGAUUUUGGCAUUUUCCACUUCCUCUAGGCUGUAUCCAUGUACACUCUGCCAACGAAGCAUUGGAUAAUUGAAUUGCACCAUUCUUUAGUAUAAAUUAGCAUAUAAAAAGGUUCUUACAUUCACAUUAUUACGUAAUUGAAUGAGUGCUUGCACUCCUGCACCUUUGUUAUUCCUUAGGAAGUAUUUAGUAAACAUUGAACACUUGUACUAUAGUAUAUAUCCGUAGAAACUUUCAUAUCUUUGGCUGUCUUGGAAUCUUUCUUCUUUAGUCAGCUCUUAUAUCUUUAGAUCAUUUCCGUUGAUUGCAAACUUGAUGCUAUGAUCUCUUUUGAUUCAAAGAUAAAAACCU